GGUAUAUACCCGCGAUUCGGAUUGCUCCUCUUUCUUUCAGUAACCUCAUUGAAUUCACUUCUAAUCCUUUCUCUCCUACACUUCCUCAACACAUUUUACUAUACGAAACAAUCCUUAUUUCGAUUAAUUGAUAAAUUUCUUCUUUUAAAAUUCCUUUUUUAAAAUUCCUUUUUAACUAUUUCCAACCUAAUAAAUCUACACUAAAGCAUACACUACACAAUCUUUCGUUUUACCUUGUCCAAUCUUUCGUCUUACCUUGUCUUGGUCUUACCUUGUCUUGAUCCUUAAAGACAAGGAACCACGUUUCCACUCAGUAGUUUUCACCCUAUACUUCAUCGCAGAAUAAUGACUAAGGUCGACGCUGCCAAAGCGAAAGCUAUUAGGGCUAGCAGACGUAUACAAGGACUAGAAGUACCACAUACAAUAGAACCGACGUCGGGAAUCACGACUAGUGAACAGCCACAGACACAGUCUACGUAUACACCUCAACCAGCACAAUCCACGAGCAAGCUCCAAGACGAAGUCCAAAGAAAUCUACUAGAGGAGAAUGAGAGCGAAGAUAGUCAACCAGACGAAGACGACGAAGCAAGAAAUCCAGCAAAUCGUUUACGAAACCAGAUUCUAGAAACAGAACCAAGAAUUAGCAAGAACUUCAUAGGUCACGUCCCAAUUCCAUACCCGGUCGGACCGAUACGAGCUCCCAGGUCAGAUUACAAAGAUUCUUCUUCCGACGGGGACGACCCAGAAGAUGACUUUUUAGACAAUGAGUCAAGCAAAGAAGAAGAGGUUACACACAAAUCGAUUUCUCCCGACGACUCCUCAGCAGAGAACUCACCAAGUCACAAGAAUUUGUCAGCAUCUUUAGGGUCUUCGAACAAUGACCAAACCUCCUCAGACUCGGAAUCAACCUCAUCUUCGAGCAGCGAAAGUGAAAGCGGUUCGGAAUCAGACACAGGAUCAGAUAGCUCAGAUAGGAAAUCGAAGAAAGACAAGAAACGAAAACGAAUAGCCAAAGUCAAGAAGCAACUUAAGGAAGCGAAGGACGAGUUAAAGAGGCUAAGCAAACUCGAGAAAGGGAAAGCAACAUCCCAGUCUAAGAAAGAAAAGAGCAAAAGCAGGCCUUCGUCGAAAAAGAAGAAGAAACGUAAGGGAAUUCAAGUAGAAAUCGGAGUGAUCCCCAACUCCAACUUGAUUCAGCUACAACCCUUCCGAAGAGAACAAAUGAAGAAGCUUCACUCCUCAAUACCACUCACGGUCUUCGAUCAAUCCUUUGCACUAGCAGAUAGCAAAGAAUACGACCGUCAACAUCACUCCUCAUCAUCAAAGACAACGAAGAACAAAGGCCUAGAUGCACCGUCAGAGUAUAAGAUGAGCUACGGCGAGUGGACAGAGAACAUAAGCCUUUUCAAACGCUAUUUAAUUAUGCAUAAACACCCUGAAGUAGCCGAACGAAUAAACUACCACAUUAAGAAUGUGAAACAAGUAAAACGUUCCACCGAGUGUUGGAUGACAGCCUUAAGAUACGACAUUCUUUGUCGGAAGAGUGUUUUUGUAGAAAGAGAGGACAAGCAUCCAAUCAAAGACAUAGGUUCUUUUAUGAAGAAAUACGAAGAAAAGGCCAAAGACAAGUCUCUCAACUUCGGAGAAACAAACGGCGGGGAGGCGAACCCUUACGCCAAAGGAGGUAGACUAGAGUUCAAACACCCCGAGACUGGCCAGCCUAUUGGGUACCCUAACCAACAUCAACAACAGAUCAGUACGACGAAUGUUCAACCUGUAGCCUCCGGAUCAAGAGAACACAACUUUAGAGGCCGUCGACGAGCACCAAGACCCCCUAGAACACUCCAGUACCAACAGUACCCUUAUCACCAAAACAACCCUUCAACGUACCAUAACAAUUUACAACCGAGUCAGUAUCAGCCUUUUCAAGCACUCCCACAAAACCCCCUUCCAACCAUCCACAUGGGUUUCCAAACCCAAGGAUCGACGAGUAAUACUACCAACUCCAACAUCCCAGCAUCAAACUUCUCCUCGAAUAGCACAAAGUUUCCAUCUAGAGGGAAUAGAGGAUCAUGGAGAGGUGGUAGAGGUGGAGGAGGAAGACAAGGACAGCUAGAGUCGUAAGCCACUACUCUAUCACAUUCCCGAAUUGUUAUUCACAGAUAAGCUGCCAUCAUAACAAGAACUGGUAAAGCCAGUAUUAACAAACUAUAUAUGAACUAAACAACAACGGUUGAACUAUGUAACAUUCUAAUUUCUACCUCCAACUCACUACCACUAAUGUAACUUCCCAUCAUUUCAAAACACUAUUUAAUCUUCCUAAUUUCACUCUUCUAACUGUCACUCCUUCAUAAAUUGUUGAGCAUGUCUAAACCAAAUGGAAUUAAUAUGCGUAAUGCACUUAUUUGUUCC